AUGUCGGGCCGCUCGGUGCGAGCUGAAACCCGCAGCCGCGCCAAAGAUGACAUCAAAAAAGUGAUGGCGGCCAUCGAGCGCGUCCGCAAAUGGGAGAAGAAGUGGGUGACGGUGGGAGACACAUCCCUUCGGAUAUUCAAGUGGGUGCCUGUAGCAGACAGUAAGGAGAAAGAGAAGUCCAAAACAAGUAGCAGCGCUGCCCGAGAACCCAAUGGUUUCCCAGCUGACUCAUCUGCCAACUCCUCCCUCCUCCUGGAGUUCCAGGAUGAGACCAGUAACCAGAGCUCCUUGUCGGAUGUUUACCAGCUCAAGGUCGACAGCAGCCCAAACUCGAGCCCCAGCCCCCAACAGAGCGAGUCAAUGAGUCCUGCACAUACGUCUGACUUCCGCACGGACGAUUCGCAGCCACCUACACUGGGGCAGGAGACCCUGGAAGAGCCCUGCCUACCUUCCUCGGAAGUUGCAGAUGAGCCUCCCACUCUCACGAAGGAGGAGCCUGUCCCUCUUGAGACUCAGGUAAUAACUGAAGAGGAGGAUUCUGGGGCGCCGCCUCUGAAGAGAUUUUGUGCUGAUCAGAACUCUGUGUGCCACACGGUCUCGGAGAGCUAG